AUGAGCGCAGCGUUCCCGCCGUCGCUGAUGAUGAUGCAGCGCCCGCUGGGGAGUAGCACCGCCUUCAGCAUAGACUCGCUGAUCGGCAGCCCGCCGCAGCCCAGCCCCGGCCACUUCGUCUACACCGGCUACCCCAUGUUUAUGCCCUACCGGCCGGUGGUGCUGCCGCCGCCGCCGCCGCCGCCGCCCGCGCUGCCCCAGGCCGCGCUGCCGCCCGCGCACCCUCACCACCAGAUCCCCAGCCUGCCCACCGGCUUCUGCUCCGGCUUGGCGCAGGGCAUGGCGCUCACCUCCACGCUCAUGGCUACGCUGCCCGGAGGCUUCUCCGCGUCUCCCCAGCACCAGGAGGCGGCGGCCGCCCGCAAGUUCGCGCCGCAGCCGCUGCCGGGUGGCGGCAGCUUCGACAAGGCUGAGGCGCUGCAAGCCGACACCGAGGACGGCAAAGCCUUCCUGGCCAAGGAGGGCUCGUUGCUCGCCUUCUCCGCGGCCGAGGCGGUGCAGGCGUCGCUCGUCGGGGCUGUCAGAGGGCAAGGGAAAGACGAGUCAAAGGUGGAAGACGACCCGAAGGGCAAGGAGGAGAGUUUCUCGCUGGAGAGCGAUCUGGACUACAGCUCGGAUGACAAUCUGACCGGCCAGGCGGCUCACAAGGAGGAAGACCCCGGCCACGGGCUGGAGGAGGCCCCGCCGAGCGGCGGCGCCGCGGGCAGCACCACGUCCACGGGCAAGAACCGGCGGCGGCGGACUGCCUUCACCAGUGAGCAGCUGCUGGAGUUGGAGAAGGAGUUCCACUGCAAAAAGUACCUGUCGCUGACCGAGCGCUCGCAGAUCGCCCACGCCCUCAAACUCAGCGAGGUGCAAGUGAAAAUCUGGUUCCAGAACCGCCGGGCCAAGUGGAAACGGGUGAAGGCUGGCAACGCCAAUUCCAAGACAGGGGAGCCCUCCAGGAACCCCAAGAUCGUCGUCCCCAUCCCCGUCCACGUCAGCAGGUUCGCGAUCAGAAGUCAGCAUCAGCAGCUGGAGCAGGCCCGACCCUGA